ACCAAAACAAAACCACGUCGUAGGGUAAAACACGAAUUUGUCGUGCCACGGUUUUGUUGCAUUUGGGCUUGUUAGAAAUUUCGCGGUGCUCGCGGGCAGCUAAAUGCCGUGUAUUUCUUUCUUUAUCAUAGGAGCACAGAUAAUUAUUGUUUUUACUGGAGCACUUUCAAGUACGAAUGUUGACGCUGGAAUCGCACCGCCUUACUAUGGCCUUGACAGGCCGGCGCUUGAGUACGAGCUUCCACCACUUCAGUACGCCCUUGACGCUUUGGAACCAUAUAUUGAUGAAGAAACAAUGCACAUGCAUUAUUUUGGACACCACGCCAUGUAUACAGAAGAGAUGAACUGGGCACUCAAAGAGUGGAGGAAAUACUUAAAGGAAAAACAUGCUUCUAGAAUAUCUAUCAUUGAUAUUCUCCGGAACCAGUCGCGGGUUCCUGGCAAGCACAGGAGCAGCCUGCGUAAGAAUGGGGGAGGGUAUGUGAAUCACGUCCUGUAUUGGUCUGUGAUGUCGCCCAACCCUACAAAUGAAAUGAGGCUACCCGAAGGAUUAUUGGCUGAAGAAAUUGCUAGGCAGUUUACAUCCUUUCAAAACUUCAAAGAAAAGUUCACAGAAGCAGCAAUGUCUAUAGUGGGGUCCGGCUACAUUUGGCUGUGCCGCAACGCUUCCUCGCAGAGUUCCGGAGGGUUAGCAAUAGUAACCACAGCAAAUGAGGAUAAUCCUAUCAUUCAAGAUCUCCGUCCCAUGUUGGUUCUAGAUCUUUGGGAACAUGCAUUCUACUUGAAGCACCGGCACAAGCGGACAAAGCAUGUUACAGAUUGGUGGUACCUCGUUGACUGGACCCUUGUUGAGCAGUUAGAUAAAUGGUGGAAAGGAGCCAAAAUGCAUGAUGAGCUUUAAAAACUUAAGUACAGGUGCCACAUUCUUUACGAGCCGAUAUGUGUGCAUGUGACAGUGUGUAUGUUGUAAGAGAGCUGAAAGUUUGUUCCUUGGGCCC